CCCAGUUUCCAUCUUCACUUCCUCAACUUCACACUACAGUACUACUCUCGGAUUCGGAUUCCGAAAUCAGUAUCAGUAUUCUGCAAAUUGUAAUUAUACAGCUAUAUAUGGAUAGCUCCAGUUCGAACUCGGCGUCGGCGUGGUCCGACGAGGAGAUUAUUCUGGCCGAGAGCAGGCCCAAGAAGAGGGCGGGGCGGAAGAAGUUUAAGGAGACGAGGCACCCGGUGUACAGAGGGGUGCGCCGGAGGAACGCCGGCAAGUGGGUCUGCGAGCUGCGGGAGCCCAACAAGAAGUCAAGAAUAUGGCUGGGCACCUACCCGACGGCGGAGAUGGCCGCGAGGGCUCACGACGUGGCGGCGAUGGCGCUCAAGGGCCAUCUGGCGUGCCUCAACUUCGCUGAUUCGGUGUGGCGGCUGCCCGUGCCGGCGUCCAGGGACGCCAAGGAUAUCCAGCGGGCGGCGGUGGAGGCGGCGGAGGCGUUCCGGCCCAGACACGACGAGGAGGAGGAGGGCGACUGUGGUAAUAAAGAGGUUUCCGACGGAGCGUCGACGUCGAGCAGUAGCAGCGGGGAGAAUGGGAAGAGGGAUAUGGAGAUAGCGAAAUGGAGAGAGGAGGAGCUGAAAGGGCUGGUGGUGAACAUGGCGGAAGUGCCGUUGCUGUCGCCGCCGCCUUGCUUUGGGCGUCAAUUCAUUUGGGAUGAAGGCGACGAGGACAUGGAGGUGUCGCUGUGGAGCUACUAAAAUUAUGUUUAUAUACAGCCGGGGAAUGCAUUUCUAUUAUUAAAUUUAACUAGUGGAUUACCAUGCGAUGCAUGAAUAUUGUAAAAAAAAUAAAUAAAUUGUUAAAGCGAAAGUUGUAUAA